UGAUGCCGAGAUUCCUUUCCAUUCAAAUAUUCAGCCCAGCUCAAGGUCACGAGUGCUCAGCGGCCGCUGGAACUAGGUCCCGAGACUACAAGGCAUGAUUCCCGACAGCCCUGGUUCCGAGAGGAGGAAGGGAGAGGUUCGAAGCGUACACCCCACCUCUCCGGCAGAGGGCCUGGCCGCUGGGGCGGGAGCCGGCUCCCUAGAGCAGGCCGAGCUGAACUACGGUGCCCGGGAAGGGCCGCUCCGCUCCGCUCCUCGCGGAGGCCGCCCCCUGCCAAUCACACUUGAGGCCCGCCCUGCCCUUUGCCGGAAGGAGCCGUUACCCCGAGCAACUACAACGUCCGGUUUUCGGAGUUUGGCGGCGGGAAAAGCCAUGAGUAAAGGCCGGUCAGAAGCUGUCCCGGGAGCCUCCGGGAUCCUGCUGAAGUACCUACAGGAGCAGAACCGGCCCUACAGUGCCCAGGACGUGUUCGGGAACCUGCAGCGGGAACAUGGGCUGGGCAAGACGGCGGUGGUGAAGGCGCUGGAGCAGCUGGCCCAACAAGGCAAAAUCAAAGAGAAGAUGUAUGGCAAGCAGAAGAUAUACUUUGCGGACCAGGACCAGUUUGAUGCGGUCAGUGAUGCUGACCUCCAAGGCCUGGAUGCCAGAAUCUUGGCUCUCACUGCUAAGGUGCAGAGCUUGCAGCAGAGCUGCCGCCACAUGGAGGCUGAGCUGAAGGAGUUAACUAGUGCCCUGACCACACCGGAGAUGCAGAAAGAGAUCCAGGAGCUAAAGAAGGAAUGUGCUGGCUAUAGAGAAAGACUGAAGAACAUCAAAGAGGCCACCAACCAUGUGACUCCAGAAGAGAAAGAGCAGGUGUACAAGGAGAGGCAGAGGUACCACAAGGAGUGGAGGAAGCGCAAGAGGAUGGCAACAGAGCUGUCUGAUGCCAUCCUUGAAGGAUACCCCAAGAGCAAGAAGCAGUUCUUUGAGGAAGUUGGGAUAGAGACUGAUGAAGAUCACAAUGUCAAGCUCCCAGAUCCCUGAGAGGCUCCCCCGGCAGGACUGGGAACAGACGUCCUGGACUGGCUGCCGUGUUUAGGUCAGCUCUUUUGUUCCUGGUGCUGUCCACCUUUGAGCACACACCAGAGUACUGGGUGGAGGGAGGGAGCACAGGUGGCCCAGAGAGGAUGGGCACGCUCAUUUCAUCAGCCACAUGUCGACUGCUUAAACUCAACACUUAGAUGUGGAACAGCGCUAAAGGACAGCAUUUGGCAAUAUUUAUUGUAAUAUCAUUUGAUAUAAAAAUAUUUCAUUUCCUCUGGAUAAUCACACCUCCCAAAUAUCAAACCUGAGGAAGGCAAAAGGGAGCUUGGGGAACAAGGGCAGAGAGAGGCUGCCAUACACAGCAUUCAAGAAGCCCAGGGCCUUACCCAGGAUUCUCCUGGGCUCUACAAGUCAGAAGGCCUUUAAAGAAUCUCCUCUACCCACCUUCACCCCACCCCAAGUCCUGGGAGAAAUGUAGGAAGCACUGAGAUGGUAGAGAGCCAGAUACACUUGACAGAAAGGUUACAAGUAGUCUGGAGGCCAGUUAAUUCUCCAAAAUUGUAACUUUAGCAAAACUGCAUUAUUUAGAAAAAUUAAACACUUUGAAUAUGUA